UAUCUGUGUGGGUAAAUAUCAUGGUGACACACGAAGAUUACAGAGAACUCUGAACUACACACGUUGUGUUAUGAGGACUCGGGGGUAGAGGGUUCCGGGGGUAAGACAUGGACACCAGACACGUCAGACGGCGGGGGAGGGGUGAGGACCUGGAGGAGCUAAUGAUAGAUGACUUCCGAGAGACCGCAUACAACGACGCUGAGUUAUCUGACGUUGGAGAUAUGAAACCAGCACGGUCGGUGGAAGGGUUCCAUUGGGACAUAUGGUUACUGAUGACGUUACAGAACUGGAUUUUUGACUUUGGACGUCCAAUCGCAGCCCUGAUGGUCCCAACAGAACUAUUCCCAAUGCACCUACCAAGCGUGGGAGAUUACUUCCAUAUGAUGUACAACUUAAUCACACCAUUUUGUAUCUUAAAACUCUUUGAGCGGAGUCAUACAAAGACGUCAUCAACAUUCAGGAACAUCUGCGUCAUCAUCUUCGUCAUGGGAGCCAGCAUCCAUCUGGUGGGGGAUUCCGUGAAUCACCGACUGGUCAAACUGGGGUAUAAGCUUCACCUUUCUGUCCGUGACAACCCCAUGAUGCAGUCGCUACAACCACGUGGUUUGGUAGAUUCUUUUGUUUUGCUGUACAAUUAUGAUGAAAUCAUUGGCCAUUUGAUGUGGUACAUCCCGUUCUUCGUGAGUCUGCUGUUGUACUACACCGGUUGUUUCCUGGGGUACAGGUCCGGUGACCACCCCAGACGCACCCUCUCUUGGUGGACCCUCACUGUUUUAAGCGGUGUAUACUACUGGUAUCUGGUGACAGAGGGUCAGAUAUUCUCUGUGUACCUCAUUACAUUCAUCGUGAUGAUAGGAUACAUGGUGUACAAAAAACAGAAACACAACGCUCAUCUCGACAUCAACGGACAGUUUCUCCUGUACUCGUUCGCCCUGUGCUUUAUCCUAAUAUUAAUUUGGGUAGCGUACCUGUGGAAUGACGAGGCGCUCCGAGUGAAAUACCCGGGACUCCUCUAUAUACCAGAACCCUGGUCAUACUACACUUUGUAUAUAAAACCCUGAUUCAAUACUGUCAAUAUGGCUAGAGUGUAUAGAAAAUAGUAGCAUAAUAUAAGGGAGAAAAUCA